AUGUUAGAUGAUAUGAAAGAAAUUGAAAAUUUUGAUGAUUUUGUAUUGAAAUAUGGAAUACAAUUUAAACCAUGGUUACGAACUAAUUUUGUAAAAGAAUAUUUUUUAUCUAAAAGAUUAUUUCCACAAAAUAAAUCGACAUUUUGGAGUAAAAAAAAUAUUUUGAGUAAAAAAGGUCGGGUAUUAUUAAUGAAUGAAUUAAAUCAACAAUUUAUUAAAUGGGAAACAUUUUUACAAUUAACUUCUGAAGAUGAAGUUCCUGUUGUAAAAUUUGAUCCAGAUGGGAUUAAUGUUGCUACGAUGCGAUAUGGAAGAAAAUUUAUAAAUACACAACAUAAAGAAGCAUUAUAUCGAAUAUUUCAAUAUCCAAAUGGUUAUAUAAUUAAAUUUGAAGGAAAUUAUGAACGAGAUGGUUUAAUAAGAAGAAUAUUUAUUGAUGAUAGUUUAUCAAAAGAAGAAUUAGAAAAAUGGAAAAACAAGUUUAAUGAGUAUGAAUUUGAUGUUAGAUUUGCUGAUAAUGUUAAAGAAGAAGAUAUUAAAAAAUAUGAAAUUGAUCAAGGAAAAAUAUUUAAAGAAAGAGAUAAUUUUUAUUAUCGACAAAAUAUAGAUUAUGAAAAUAAAGAUGAAGAUAUAUAA